ACAGUGCAAGUACCAGUUUACUCUGAGCAAGAGUAUCAAAUGCAUCUCCACGACGAUGGCUGGACUAAAGCGGAGACAGAUCACCUGUUUGACCUGUGCAAGCGCUUUGACCUGCGUUUUGUAGUUGUUCAUGACCGCUAUGACUACCAGCAGUUUAGGAAACGCUCAAUAGAGGACCUGAAGGAACGGUACUAUAAUAUUUGCGGUAAACUGACCAAGGUCCGWGCGGCAUCUGGGACAGAGCCCAAGAUCUACAUCUUCGAUGCUGGCCACGAAAGACGCCGCAAAGAGCAACUGGAUAAACUCUUUAAUCGCACACCUGAGCAGGUGGCAGAAGAGGAGUAUCUCAUUCAGGAGCUAAGGAAGAUCGAGAAUAGGAAGAAAGAACGUGAGAAGAAAGCCCAGGAUCUGCAGAAACUUAUAAAAGCAGCCGACACAACCACAGAGUUGAGGCGAGCUGAAAAGAGGGUCUCCAAGAAGAAACUUCCACAAAAAAGAGAGACUGAAAAACCGGCUGUUCCCGAGACAGCUGGCAUCAAGUUCCCAGAUUUCAAAUCAGCAGGCGUGACGCUGCGCAGUCAGAGGAUGAAGCUGCCAAGCUCGGUUGGCCAGAAGAAGAUCAAGGCCAUUGAGCAGAUUCUGGUGGAGCAAGGAGUGGAUCUUAACCCCAUGCCUACAGAGGAGAUCGUSCAGAUGUUCAAUGAACUUCGCAGCGACCUGGUGUUGCUGUAUGAACUCAAGCAGGCCCACAGCAACUGUGAGUACGAACAGCAGAUGCUGCGUCAUCGUUACGAAGCCCUGCUGAAAGCUGGCAGCGGGGCCGGCGGCGGUGGCACCACAGGUGGAGGCCCAGCUGGUGUCUCUCAGAGCGCAGAGAUCAGUGCCAUUAACAAUGCGUCAUCUGCCCCUGGAGCUGAGGCUCAGUCCUGGCCCAGCGCGGAUGAUAUCAAGGUGGAACCCAAGGAGCAGAUCAUUGAUGUCGUAGGAGCACCUCUUACCCCCAACUCGCGCAAACGGAGAGAGUCAGCAUCCAGCUCAUCGUCUGUGAAAAAAGUGAAGAAGCCUUGAUGAGAGCUGCAGCCUCGGCACACUCUGGAGGACAAAUGACCGUGUUACUUAUUCCGAUGACAGCGGAGUGCCCAUGAGCAUUACGGCCGGACGGGACCGACACAACUGAGCCCGGUCACCACAUUAUUGCAGACGCACCACUGACACACAACUCCUCACCUGCUAACGAGACCUCUCCAAACCCUCCUCAUCUGGCYGUGACAAAGGCAAUGACUGAGUGACAUUUCAUUCCAUUACGGCUCGUCUCCCAGCCUCCGCCAACCGGUCGGCCGCAGAUGAGGCAAGAGCAACUGUAAAUUGCCGGGCUGAGCUAAUCGGGACGGGGUGAAGAAGGCGGGAAUGACUGGGUAAUUGAAAUGAAUUGGAAUGAAAGAACAAAGUCAAGGAGUGGGAGGACCUGGAGCCGCUAUGCUCAUUUGAGCUAUCUGAUUUUUUUAUUUUUUUUGGUAACCUAAUCAUACCAUAGUGUUUACUGGAAAUGUGUUUUUGUGUUAGUCUCUAGUACCAGGUCUCUUUCCAGACCUGGAGCGCGUUUUGUUCUCUCAUGGAGGGCACUUCCCUCCUCCCAUCCUUUAUGUUUGACUACAGAGGCUGAUUUAUGUUCAUUCUCUCCUCAGGUGAGCUUAAAGAUGCUUCAAUCAGUAUAAUUCAAUAAAUAUCAAGAGUCUA